GUCAUCAGCGAGGACGCGUAACUUGUUGUUGUGUGUUUUUGUAACUACAUAAACAAAUAAAUAAAACAUGGAAUUGUACGCUAAUGAAAAAUUAGAGACGUUUUUGCGAAAUGUGGAUCAUACAAGUGAGCUGGUGAUGGAGUUGAACUCCACUGAUACAGCCACUCAUGAGAAAGCUGUAGAGAGGGCAGAUCGUCUUGUGGCCUCUAUGCAAGAAGAGAAAUCCUGCAAAUCUGUGAUCAACAGGACGGUCAUUAAUAACAGCCAUUCCUCUGUGAGUGGGACUGUGACUGCAACUUGUGAACCUGGUGAAAACCCAGAGAUUUUUAUGAAAGCAUUAGAACAUGAUGCGGAGGAGAGAAAACAGAGAAGACAAAUAAAGGAGAAGAAAGCAAGUGCAUUGAAGGAUAAAGGAAAUAAAGCUUUUGCUGUGGGAGACUUUGAAUCGGCUGUGAGAGCGUAUACUGAAGGUCUAGAACAGCUUCGUGACAUGCAAGUUCUCUACACUAAUAGAGCCCAGGCCUUUAUCAGACUGAACAAAUUUAAGGAGGCUAUAAGUGACUGCGAGUGGGCCCUUAAGUGCAACGAUAAGUGUAUUAAGGCUUAUGUGCUCAUGGGAAAAGCACAUCUAGCGCUGAGGAAUUUUACUGAGUCUAGGCAGUGUUAUGAGAAGAUAAUGAACAUAGCUCCGGAGCGAGAAGGCAUGGUAAAAGAUUAUCUGACACGAGUGGAAUUGGAGCAGAGGAAGACCCUUCAGGAGGAGAUAGCACAGCAGGAGCUGAAAGAGGGAAAGGAAGAGGCCACAAGGGUCCCUGAUUUGCUGCGAAACCUGGCCAAAUCCAAUGAGCUUAACCUCUACUACUGUGGUGGAGUGGAGCUUCUUACACAAGCUAUCAGAGACAGUACUGGGCAGGCGAUAUUCCGGUUGAACAACGGCUUCAGUAUUAUCACCGGCAAUGACAGCAUAAGGAGGUGUCUUGCACAGACUUCUAAAGAGGCGAGCAGCGACGAGCUGUGUGUUUCUGUCCUCAGACUGUGGAGGACCAUUUGCAAUGGAAAUGAGGAAAAUCAGCAGCUGCUGCUGGAUUGUCUGAGCACCAGAGAACAGAUUGUUCAGUUGCUGACUUCCAGAUCAUCAGCAGUACAACAGGAGUGUCUAGCGCUGCUCUGCGUUUACUCUCACACCCAGCAUGGGAGACGUGUGGUCAUGGAAAAACUCAAUUUGUACAGGAUGGUGGAGAACUUAAUGGAGUGCAUUCACAAUGAGGACGCACCAGGAAUCCCAGCACUCGCCGUUUUGGAGAACCUGGCUGGAGAAAAGAAGUUUCGAACCCAGUUUAGAGAGACGUUUACAGAAGUUUUUGCUCCCCCAUUUGAGCACUUGCUGGAACAUUUCUCGGUGUCCAGUCAGGAUUUGCUUCUCGACUUUAUUUCUGUGGUUGGAGCCAUGAGUCUGGACGAAGUCAUCAGUAAGAACAUGGCUAGCCGUAAGGAAUUCUGGAGGAGCUCCUCUGCUGCCAUGGUGAGGUGUGCAAGCUGUGAAUACAGAAGCAUUCUCUAUCCCCUUCUAGGCCUGAUGAUCAACACAGCCUCUAAUCCCGCUCCUGCCAUUCAAGAGUAUGCUGUUGAGAGCUGCAGCAGGUGUGUGGUCCUGCUCUCUGAUCCUGAUGGGGGCAUCAUCACGAGAGCGGUUGGAUUGCUGAGUGUGAUGCUUCUCAAAUCAAGUGCCGCCACUCAUGAGGUUGUGCAGCAAGGUGUAGUAAAGAAGCUGCUAAAGAUCCUGAAGGGAGCCGGACCGACAAGCUCGAGAUACUCAAUUAAAGCUCUGGCAGUGUGUACUGCCUCCAGCAAGCAGGUGCGUGAAGAGCUGCUGAAGCUUGACAAGAAGCUGAUGACCGUGAGGAAGCUCCUGGCCAGUACUGACGAGUUGGUGGUUGGGAACGCAGCUCUGUGUCUCGGUCACUGCUUGGAAGUACAGGGAGCGGCUGCCGGUCUCCUGGGCACAGACUGCCUGCCGAACCUUCUGCGGCACGCCGCCGACGGAUCCGCCAGAACCGACGUGCAAAAGAACGCCGCCAUCGCUCUGGGAAAGUUAUGCAAAGCCGAUCCCAGGCACAUGGAGAAACUCAGGGAGCUUCAUGGACUAAAGAUCCUUCACUCCUGUAUGAAAUUGAUUUAGUAAAAACCUGCACACCGUAUGCAGACACACAUACAAAUCCUUCGUGUUUCAGAUUUUCAACCAGAACCAUCGUGAGUGGUCACAGAAAUCCACACUCCUCCAGGGCUGUGUUUAUUAGACAGAAGUUUGGCAAAUGUAUUUUAAUUACAUAACGAUGACGCUGAUUGAUUAAAUUACACACAGCUCGAGGACAAUUCAUGCUUCAGUUCCCUCUCACCUCAAAUGACUGACUGUGCACGUCUGUUUGGUUUGAUUAAAGGUUUCUGUGGUUGUUGCCAAAUGGUGAAACAAUAGAAUUUGUGUAUAAAUUUUAAUAAUGAGUAAACUUGGUUGUUUAUUAUAAUUUGUAUUUGU